UUUUUUUUUGGCAGAACUCAGUAAGACACAGGAGAUUUGCCUAAAUUUUUUGCCUCGGUGUUUCAUCCGCAAAUUUGCGUGCCAAUGGGGAGUUCGCUACCGUGCGGCGGCUCUGCCACUGCUCCGCCUCCUCCUCCUCCGGUACCCGUGCGACAUCUGGUGAGACUGCCGCACUUCUUUCCUCCGGCUACCAAGGCUCAUACCGCAGCCACUACGAGUAUAGGCAGACGGAGCUCUUUCGUCUUCCCUUACCUCCUUUUCUUCAGCUUUUCUUCUUCCUCGCCGGCAGCCACUUCUCUUCUGUCUCUGGAGUACUUCACGGACCAGGAUAAGGGGUUCGCCGUCCUGAGGCCGUCGUCCUGGAUUCAGGUGGAGAAGGCGGGGGCGACGGCUCUUUUUGAGGAGGGGAAAGGGAGAAACAACAUCGGGGUGGUGGUGAGCCCGGUCAGGCUUUCAUCUCUGAAGGAAUUUGGGACGCCGGAAUUCGUGGCCAACAAGCUCAUUCAGGCUGAGAGAAAAAAGGAAAGCACCGCAAAUGCUGAACUGAUUAAAGUUGAUGAAAGGUUGGGUCACAGUGGUGUGCCAAUCUAUGAGUUUGAAUACUUAAUAGACAAUACCCGACGAGGGAAGGAAAGGAUAUUUUCAGCUGCAUUUGUGGCUUCUAAGAAGCUUUAUCUCCUAAAUAUAGCCUACUCAGACCGACCAGAUAACCCUUUGGCCCCUGAGAUGAGAUUGAUCUUGGAACAAGUACUUCACUCUUUUGAUACACUGUAAGAUCAACAACAUCAGGUAAUACACAUGAAGGUCAGUAUCGAUACUUUGAGCUCUCACCUGACCCUGCCAAUUAAUUGUGUUUCUCAGCGGUUUUAAGUGUCAAUUCUUGGACUGCCGCUGAGCUUCGCAGUGUGCCUAGUGUACAAGGUUUCUAUGUUUCUCCUGUUGGGUGUUCCAACAUAUUGUUGUCGGUUGCAAAUGAUCCAAAAUGUCCAUAUGUACUGCCACAUACAAACCUUAACAUAAUUUGUUUAUAAAAAGAAAUCUUUCAC